CCAAUUGAACAGAGAGAAGAGAGGCGCAAACACAACGGUCUUUACACUGAAAUUCUGCAAAUACUUAGUGUAUUACAGUGGAUACUCUCCUUUCUGUUACUGGGUCCUGUUUGCAUACUUCUCAUCACAUGGAUUGUGUAUAGCCAGCUAUGGCCCCUGAUUGCCAUCUACGUUAUCUGGAUGAUCUCUGAUUGGAAAACACCAGAGAGAGGUGGAAGACGAUCUGUUUGGAUGAGUAGAUGGUCCAUGUGGAAAUAUUUUAGAGAUUAUUUCCCUAUAAAGCUCCAUAAAACUGUAGAACUAGACCCAAGACACAAUUACAUCUUUGGAUACCAUCCUCAUGGCAUCAUGAGCAUUGGAGCAUUCUGUAACUUUGGCACAGACAGUACUGGAUUUUCUCAAGUUUUUCCCAACCUGAAGCCACAUCUCACCACAUUAUCUGGAAAUUUUAAGGUGCCUUUAUACAGAGAUUACCUUCUGGCUGCAGGAAUGUGCUCAGUGACCCAUUCAUCCAUAGACUACCUCUUGUCCUGCCAUGGAUCUGGCAAUGUUGUGGUAAUUGUUGUGGGUGGAGCAGCAGAGGCAUUAAACUGUAGCAAGAAUAGGCAUAUAUUGACACUAAAGAAACGGAAGGGAUUCAUAAAGAAGGCCCUAACUAAUGGUGCCUUUUUGGUUCCUGUGUAUUCCUUUGGGGAGAAUGAGGUUCUUCGGCAAUAUCACUUUGAGCCUGGCAGCUGGAAAAAGAGCCUCCAGGAAUUAUUCCAGCAAUGGAUUGGUUUCGCUCCCUGUGUUUUCUUUGGGCGAGGAAUCUUUUCCAGUUCAUCGAGAGGAAUAAUGCCACUACGAAGAGCCAUUAACACCGUCGUUGGUAAACCUAUCCCUGUGCCUAGGAUGAAGAAUCCUUCUGAGCAGCAAGUGGAUGCGUAUCAUACUCUUUAUAUAGACUCUCUGCAGCAGCUUUUUAAUGCACACAAAGAACGCUUUGGUCUACAGCAGACAGACUCUCUGUUGCUAGUAUGA